AAUUAACAGCCUCGUUCUAGACAUUGCUCAACAUUUUCUCGAGCAAAAAUCUUCAACCUUCACAUUGUAAUUUCUGAGUAUCGAAAUUUUGGCUUCUUUUUUUCUUUUGAACCUCUCCUAAUUCAAAGGAACAAAAUAUUACAGACAGCUUAGUCUUUGGGCAAUUCUGUUGAUGCAGUUUCUGUUGAUGCAGUUUCUGUGUAUGAUUAGUGACCUUUGUUUUCAAAGAUAUGCUUAGGCCCUUGACAGCAUGAGAAAUGUUUCACUGCGAUUAUCUCUUGAUAGCUGCAUUAUCAUGGAAUAUUGCAGUAUAAAAAUGUUUAUGGCAGAUUUGGAUAUAUUCUGUCAAAGUGUCACGAUGGAAAGAUCAUUCCGCUGAAAGUGACAGGAAGAUUGAUGCUUGGGAUUUAGCUUUGCUUGGCCUCUAAUGAAGAAAGCAAAAUGCGCGGCCGAGGGGAGUUUCACUACCUUAAAUAACUUACUGGAUUUUCAGAUUUAGCAAAGUCCCAGAAAAUUUGUGUUGAAGUUUCUUGACUCCCAUACAAGAAUUUUGGAAUUCCUGUUGAUAACCAGAUAUGUAUUUCUAUUUUUUAAUUUUGCUAAACCAAUAAAUCGUUUGUAAACCAAUGUAAAUGUUUCGACAGAAAAAAUCUGUUUGAACUGACUUGAUGUCACCUAGAAAGUUCCAAAUGAAAUGCAAAAGCACAAUCUGACUUUAAAAAUUUUGCACAAUCCAUGUCUGUUUCACUUAAUGUUCUAUAUAACUAAUUUUGCUUUUUAAUCUUUCCCUUUUUAAAUUGUGCAAUUUACUUCUGCAUCGGCAUCCUAUCAGUUGUAAACAACUACUUCCCUUCGCAAAAGAUUUUUUUAAUCGUGUCCCUGAUACUUAAAUAUUUCGAUUUCAAGAGAUAAUCAGAAAUAUACUGAUGAUUUCAAGAGACUUCUGGUUUUCUUAACAAUUGGUAGAUUUUGUUCAGAUUUCAAGGCUGGGUGUACACAGUUUCCGUUGUGUUAUGCCCCUUUCCCUAUAUAUUUUUGUAAGGCAUUUUUUCAAUAAUUGAUUUUUAAAAGGUCCCUAAGACAGUCUAUAUAAAAACAAAAAUGCUAGAAUCACGGUAUGUAAGUCUUUUCAUAGACUAGGGUCUUUUGUGCUGUUUAAUAUUCGAAAAUUUGACAAUUGUCAAAAAAACUGGAUCAUAAGAAUCAGCUGAAUUGUGGAACGAGAAAGCAUAUGGUGCACUGCAAGGAUCCUUCGUUGGUUCGUCACUUGCUGUUCUUUUGCUUGCGAACUUCUUGUUAUAAAACUCAGCAUCUUUUAUCUGUGAAUUUUAAAACAUUACAGAAAGAACUUAGGCUGAAAAUGCCAUUUUGCUUAAUUUUAGUUGGAUUUUUAAGCUUCAAAAGGAUUUGAAAGCAAUUUGAAUUUGUGAGCAAUUUGAACCAAAUAUCUCCAUAUUGAUUUUUGAUGGAAUGGUUUCAAUGAAGCCCGUAACGGAGAAGCGAAGGAACCUCGCCCUUUUCAAAGGGAACAUAAAAACAUCUCGUAUUUUUAACAGGAAUAAAAGGAAUAUUUUGAUAAGAUCUCAAUAGUUUUGUAGGGAACAUCAGGGAAACAUUAUUGGGAACAGGGGGGAUUUUCUGAAAAUUUUUGCGAAAUAUGGGAGGACAAGAUCUUUGAAGUUUUUACUUCUCAACGAAGAUAUCUUUCAAGGGAUCUAGAAAUUGUUACAAGGGUUAGGUUCGCAUUUUUCUCUUACGUUCAUUUUGUAUGGCUUACAUAUUCUUAUACGUCAGGAGCAUUAGUGCGGCGCACACACAAGUCGGCGUCAAGACCCAAUCGAAUAGAUAUCUACUUUGAUUUAUCAUAUAGUGCAAUAUUCGAUUUGGUCUUUGACGCAGGCUAGGCACUAGCCUGCGCGCAGACUCGACUGAAUGGAAAAUUUAGGCUUUCUCUCCCGGUAGAGGGGAGAAACACUGAAUUUUCAAAUCAACUAAAUUUCCACUCAAGUGAACUGGCAUGCAUGACAAGCAUACAUCCUGGAUACUAUGAUGACGUAGAAUGUCAACUUUUUUUAAUUAUGAACCUGAAAUAAACAAAACGUUUAUCAAAUUUAACCUGACAAUAUGCAUGUAAUAACAAUUAUGCAGGUGAAAGACAAUUCAGGUUGAAUAAAGGGAUCACCGGCCUUCGUAUUGUUAAAAACGUUGCGUGUCGUCUUGGGGAAUCAUUCCUUUCAAAGCAUCUGCAAUCUCCAAGGACAUGUUUAGCGAUCUGACGAACUGGAAAUUUAUCUAGUAUAAAUAGAUGGAUAAGUUGCAUUAUUGAGAGUACAAUCAAGCACGUUUCACCAAUUUAGUCAUAAAAUUUUGCAGCCUGCAUGAGAGGCUGACUUCAACGAUGCAGGGCAGUUUGGUUUGGAAGAUAUCAGUGAGUCUUAUUGUAAUAUCUCACAUAAUUGAAUGUGGUAGAGCAGAAAGAACAAAAUUUAACUGGGAUAACUAUGGGAUAAAUGAGCUGGGCAAGGACAUUGACUUAGCCCUAAACCGCAGUGUUGGCGAUCUUUUACAGCAAGUUGUCAUUCGCUUUCCACAAAUCAUUGACGUCAUCAAAGACGUUCUCAACGCAACUUCGAAUGGUAAUGGGAUAAACCAUACAGAACUUUGCAAAAGGAUUGAAUCGAGCCUAGAAACAAAGCAAGAUGCUUGUAACUACCGACAACAUAUAAUAUCAAAAAAUAAAACUUUGGAAAGAAUUUGUGAUGCCACAAAUUAUAACAUCAGCUUUCUUGAACGAUAUGGAUCAUCUUUGUGUAGGACCAGACAACUUUUUUUCACAUCGUCUGGAAGAAACGAAACCAACACCACAUUGCCUGGCUCCGUUUUACCAACCAAUGCAUUCUUCAUGGCAGUGAAAGUUCUUGCUGGCACAGCAGUUGUUGCUAAUAAAAGGAAAUGUCUGGAUAUUGGUGGAACUUUUGAUGAGUCAACUGUCUCUUGUUUCAAAAAUGGCACAAAGGUGGACUUGAAAUCAAAAGUCGACGAAACGCUAAGAGUAAUUUCUGUCAUUGGGAAUUCAAUCAGCUUGUGUUCCCUGAUCUUCAUGAUUGCCACGUAUUUUAAAUUUCGUAAACAUGAAACACUGGCAGGGAAGUGCAUUAUCUGUCUCUCCUUUGCCCUUGUGUUCGUUCAUGCAAUACAGAUUAUCUUGUCUUAUGCCUUUGGUGUAUCAUGGAUGUGCAGACUCGGUGCCACACUGUUGCAUUACUCUCUGUUACUAGCAUUUUCCUGGAUGGCUGUUAUAGCAUUUGAUUUUUACUACACAUUCUCAAAAGUAAGGCCAGUUGAUCAACACGCAAGGAGGAAAAGAUUCAAAAUUUAUUUUGGAAGUACGUUUUCAAUUACUACUACUAUCCUCUUUAUUUGCUUAAUGAUCGACAUUCCAGACGAAAGGCAUGCUGGGUACGGUUUAAAUGGGACCUGUUUCCUCGCAAGGUUCUGGGCAAAUCUCUUCGCGUUCAUUGUCCCCGUGUGUAUCGUCCUACUUUUCAAUGGCAUCUUCCUCACGUUAACUAUUGUGAGUCUGAGGAGCUUUAAACAGUCGACAGCGAAAUCCUUGUCAUCCAGCUCAAGCUCAGCUUCAAAAAAGAAAGAAAUGGUCCUAAGUGUUAUGGCUUUGAAGCUUUCAGUGUUGUUGGGUUUUGGCUGGAUAUCGGGGUUUGUUGAAGGAAGUGUUGGUAGCAAAGCAUUGCGUUACAUCUAUACAAUUGUUAUAGCUCUUCAAGGGUUGUUUGUUUUGAUUGCGUUUGGAUGCCAUAUUGAAUGCAAGAAGGCAAUAAUAAAGGCGAAAAAUGACAGAGAAACACUCACAAAAACAACUUCAGUUCCACUGGGCACAUUGUAAAGAACCUCUCUUUCGUUGGACACUGCAGUUAGAAUACGACUAAUAUUAAGGGUGGGGGUAAGAAACGAGGAAGCACCUAUUGCUCCCAAUUCAAUAUGGCAAUCACGAACAGCACCAUAUUAACCUCAAGCCUUCAAUUGCGACUGCUCCGCUCCGGUGAACUAACAUUUUCCCCGUUAGCAUUAGUCCUUCUGAUAUGGCAUUUUUUCCUUUGAAAGUAAUUUCCUGUGAAGUCUCUGGUUUAUUGACAUAAUUUUACACAUUCACAGCCCUCUUGCCUUAUGAUUAUAACUUUGUAAAAGCUUCCAAAUUCAUGAUACUACUUUGUGAUAUCUUAAAAUUCGCCAAUUAAUGUUAACUUCCCAAUUGAAUAUAUAUAUACUUUUAUGGCCUACUAUCUUCACUUGCCGACUUCUUUAGAUUCUUUUUACCUCGUUUCUAGCAUUUCGAUUUCAAGGUUUACAGCAGUGGCGUGGCGAGGGGGAGGCAAGAGGGAGUGGACACCCACCUCCUUGGAAAAAAUCACUUUAUUCGCCCCAUUUCUCCUGUGCUCAGUUCACCUUUGCCCCCAGACUCACCACCCUGGCUACGCUACUGGGUUAUAGUAUAGUAUUGUUUGUGAACUAUAGGCUCCUAAUAGUGUACACGCAAUCCCUCGUCCAUCUUAAUAUGCAAAGGACAAUUAAGGUUUUGCUGUUUUUGAAUGCUGCUUUUGAUUGAUGAGAAAAAGUAACCACGCUGCAGUUUUUCUCUAAGAAAUGUGAUAUAACGACGUACAAUUAAACGUGUUAAUUCGUAUGCCAUAAAAUCGAAGUAAAGACUGAUUGGAAUAACUAUUGUACCUAAACCGCUCACCAGGGCCUUCACUAGCUUUAAUGCCCAAGAGGGGUGGCCAUGUCCUGUUUUCCGACAAAGUGAUUCAGUCACUUUUUUUGACGACAAGUUUGAAAUUUUGCUGAAGAAGCACCCCUAGUUGGCAAAACUACCCGUUUCAAAUCAGAUUUUUUUCGAAGGGGGUGUCACACCCCAUGCCUCCCAGCUACGGUCCUGCGUCAACGUUAUUGGAUACCUUCCUUUAUGUAUAUUGCUAGCGCUACCCGGAUAUAUCUUGCUGAAAUAUAUUUUUAUUGUCAUAUUAUUUAGUUUCUUUCUGUGAAAUCAUUUUAUCAAGUGUUAUAAGUUUAGCAUAUAUAUACAAUUUAGAACGAUUUGAUUAUGCUCUUUGACUUUGUCUUGGUUGCAAGAAGAUCGUUUAGAAAUUUUUGAGGCCCCGGGCACUUUAGAAGCCAUUUUUCUGUUCAUGCAUAUAAAAUGAUUAUCUUUCACUGAUAAUAUAAUAAUUCCCUGUUCAAUGAAUAAUUCCCUGUUUACAAUACUAGCUUGUUUCUCCUCUACUCUGUAUUUGUUAUGUUACGUUUAUAUUAGUUGACUUCCUUUUACAUUAUUUAUACUUUUAAGCCUGGAUUAUUUUUAAUUUGCAACAAGUGUAUGUAUCCAGUGGAAUUUAAAAUAAAACUGAACUGAACUGAACUGAAAUUUAUAUUAAGAAUACCCAAAAUUUGAGGAAAAGCCAAGAUGUCAAAAUAAGCAGAAACUUGACGUCAGAAUUCAUUCCUAAUAAGCAGAAAAGGAUGCUGACGCGAAAAAAAGUGAUUGAUUUCGUAGGCUGGAAUCGAUAGGAAUUUGAAUAUACAUCCUUUCCUGGACCUUAAACACUUUAUUCUUAGAGAAGAUGCACAAAACAAAUGGUUUAGAUGUUACUCUUUUUCUUUCAAAUUGCCUAAAAACUGUAUGCAAAGACAUUUGUAGUGCAAUUUGACUCGAGAAACUAACUUUUACUAGUGAUUUCGGUUAGUUGGCUGAUUAGUGAUUUCAUAAAGUGAAGUUGGACCAUUUUUAGAAUUUUCAAGAUCAGAAUACAAUUCUAAUUGACAAUGAAAACAAAUUUAUCAAAACAAAGUAGGUUUAGUCGUAUUUACCAUAGAUUAUACUUUUAAGGGGUUAGAGUUGUUCUAAACUGGAAGCAAGAAUUCUGGUUGUAGCAUUUUGCAUUCUGGUUCAACUUUUGUUCAUCGUGCUUUGCACAGCUGAAAAGAAUAUUAGUGCAAUUAAUACAACUGGCAGUUGGACAAACAAAUUGCCCCGUCCAUAGGUUCUACGUUACUUGUGUGACUAGGCCAACCUCUUGAGUAACUUGCGAGACAAGAAGAACUCAAUCUGGUUUUGUUUUCGGGUUCACUGAAAGGAAAGCACACUAACAUUAGCAUCA